UGCCUCGUAGUCGCGGCGGUCGAGUGCCCAGCUCCCCAGCGAGACGUGGUAGGAAUGAGGACUCUGACGCUGCUGAGCUGUCUGGCGGUGGCCGGGUGGGCGCGGCCGCAGGCGCCCGUGGCGCGGCUCGGUGCGCCGCUCGCCUACAGCUACAGCUACUCGGCGCCGCAGCAGAGCCGGCAGGAGGAGCGUGACGUGCUGGGUAACGUGCACGGCUCGUACAGCGUGCGCUACUCGGGCGGUGGACAGCUCACGCACACCUACUCGUUCCCCAACCGGCUGCCGGUGUUCCGCACCACGCAAGAGGGCCCGCUCGGGCCCGUCGGCACGCUCGUCUCGUUGCGGAACCCCAAGGACAGAGUGUUCCUGAUCGAGAUGCUGGCGCAGCAGCAGGACACGCGAGCGCCGUCGAUCCUGACCAAGACGGAUGCAGUGCUGACGAAUGCGCUGCCCGUGUUCGUGAACAGCAAAGUGUCGGCGGCGCUGAUCGAUCUGCGCCUGGAGAGCGAGGCUGCCGGCGACGUGCGGCAGGAGCUUCAGCUUCGAGAUCCCGGCGACGCCAUCGUGGUGGAGGCGGCGCCGGAGCCGACGGCCGAGGACGGCAGCCGCACGCCCGUCUUCGUCAACAGCAAGGAGUCGUCGGCGCUGCGCGUGUUCCGGGUGCAGAGUCUGCGCGACGGUCUGACGGGUCGCGCGCCGCCGCUGGUCGGUCCAGAGGAGAUCAUCGUGGAGGCGGCCAGCAGUUCAUAGGCACCGCCAGGUGCGAGGGAGGGGAGGCAUUCGCUCCAUGGGCGGCGCCAGCGUGUGUUUGACGGGAGGGAAAAUCAGAGUCUUAUAGACGGAGUUAUGUUCGUGUGUGCGCAAGAUGUGGGGCGGGUGGAGUGCAGAGCAUCAGAGUCGGUCUUGGCACCGGCAGCAGCCUUUUAGGCUGAGGACGUUUGUGGGUACGACGACCAGCCGCGCAGAGGCGAUGCUAAGGCAUGAGUGCGGGGGCGGUGACUGACCACCACACAUGAGGCUGGAGGAGGCUACCGGAGAGGAGAAUUCAUGCUCGGUGUAAGAUGCAGGGGCAGCGUUUACAGAGACGAUGUCAUGGCCGGCCCCGUUCAAUGCAUGCAUGUGGUCUCCCCCAUAAAGAGACGACUUCUCUUGGUACCGACACCGUCGGUCACCGGUGACGUCAUCACCGGCUGGAGUGGUGGAAGACCGAUUAGAAACGCGUGCCCCGAGGUUAGACCAUACCACUGACGUCACAGAAAGCAGCGCCAGUCCCGGGCAUUUGCCUCUGCUGUUCAUCCGUUCUGUAAGACAAACGUGUGACGUUCAAUUACUUUGCCUGCUUUUGCUGUGGAUGACCGGUCCCCCCCAAAAGCAGCUAAACCACAUAUUAGGGGCAAUUACUAGUAUUUGCGCAAUAUCAAGAAUAGCAUAAGGUCUGGCACUAUUCAGUGUGGUAACAAAACGUUGCCAGUACUCGGUCAGGUCGCAGGAACAUUUUUUCGGAACUAGAAGCCCCCCACCGUCCUAAAAUUGUGAAAAAGUUGGUGCCGUGGCGACCUAACGUUGAAAAAAUGUACGGAUCCCAUCGUACUGAGUCACAUUGAUCUGGGUAGGAGCCAGUAUUUCCACGAGACUUUGCGCGGCGUUUGCGUAGUGGGUGAGCUAUACUUACCAUCGUUUUCACCGGUAUAAUGUCACGCACUCCACUGAUCGCGCAGCUUGCAGCAUUGCAAGGAUUGAUCGCCUGAUCAAUGCUCACACACGCCUCGCCCUCAACCAUAUUUUACAGUCUCACCUUACCACUACACACAUCAGGCAUUUCCAAGGAAAGUCUUCACCUAAUUUCUUCCUUUACGCGGGGCAGCGACAUCUUCAUUUGAACUACGUCCGAAAAUACUGACGGCAGCUUCCUCCGUCCCGUAGUCAGUUAGCUGUGUUAAGGAUAGCUUCUUCCGAUGGCACUACGCCUUAGCUUAUUAGUUGAGUUACCACUUGAUUAAGACAUUUGUAUCGUAGAACGUAGUGAGGUGGUAGAAUACAGGCGAAUCCUGCUCGGCUAUCACAUGCCUGAAAAAUGAAUUUUGAUGGCCAAAACAAAGAUAGGACAGGUCGACUAUGAAUACCAUUGAGGGGAAAUUUCGGUACAAAGGCGGUCGAAACGUAUUUCAAAUUGCAAAAAUGGCUUUAUGCAUACUCUAGUAUGUAUCCUAUGCAUACCAUUGUGGGAUAAUUUUGGUGACAAAGGCAGUCAAAACUUAUUUCGAAAUGUAAACUGGCUUUCAAAUGUGCACCUUAUGUUACCAUUUCCACCACCCCCUGCAUGUGCAUUCUCAAGGUUACCACAAUAUCCCAUGUGAGGGGCAGAGUGAUGGGUUUGUGAUGCACGAUUCAUGAGGAUCUAGAUUUUUACGUGCUGAGUUGGCGUGCAGGUUUCAUGCGAUGACACAAAUGGCACGGCCACAACUAAAAAAACAACAAAAAAACUGGAGCCACGGUCUGCGGAAACACGUAUGUCCCAAACAUGCUGGGGCAGCAAGCUA